CAAAACUGGUUAAAGAGAAAUUGAUAUGAGCUCAGGGACAAGUACGUGUUCAGUCUGUUAAGAACAUUAAAAACAUUGCAGGAUAACUUUUAAGAAUGGUCAGCGACAUUUGACCGGAGGGGUGACGCUGUGAAGCGGAAGAGCCCAUACGUCAAAUAGUUCGAUGCUCGAUUCGCGCGCUGAGUUACCAUUCGGCAAUGUCGAGGUCAAGUGUUCGCCACACCACUGGCCGAAGGUCUUUGUAUCCCUCCUCUGAAUUUGUAGUUCGUCAUAAUAACUUUGGACAAUCAAACUUGUGCUACGAUGAAACUCUUGGUGUAGUGGACACCACAAGAGCAUGGAAAAAUUACGUUUUUAAAUCGGGAAAACAGCCUUUAUGGCGAUGCAACGUUGUCGUCGACAACCGUGGAUUAUAUUCCUGUGCAGUGUGAUUUUAGGAGGCACAACUGUUUAUAGUGACAUUGUUAUCAAGAAACCUCAAGAUGUGAUUGCGUUUCCAGAGGAGCCCCUGACAUGGGAUUGUCGGGUGGAUACGCCAGGCUACUAUGGGCCGUACGAGAGAGUAUGGACCUUUGGCCAUCAUGUGAUAAACACUACUCAUAAUGCACACUCGUAUGUGCUAGCAAACGGGUCAUUGUACAUAGAUAGCGUGGGGGCCCAGAAGGACCCUGGGUCUUACAGGUGCUGUGUUAAAAAUGAGACGGGGACUCUGUGCAGUCAGGAAGCACUUCUCCAAAUUGCUGAACUACCUCAAUUUGUAACUCAACUCGAGUCUAUAAUAGCUUAUCAGGGAGGGGUCGCCAGGUUUCAAUGCGAUGUCUAUGGUGUCCCUAAAGUAAACAUAACAUGGAAACAUAUCGCCGUCAGGAGUGGCAGUGAGAGAACGAAUAUCAGAUUAGAUGCUAUCAGGCACGUAGUCCUGCCGAAUGGCGUACUUCAGAUUCACAAUAUAACACAAGAAGAUGAUGGCAGGUACAAGUGCAUCGCAUCUAACUCCUUGCAGACUGUGCGCAACAACUCCGCAUUAUUAUCAGUGCUACCUCAAGUGUUGUCUCCGAAAGCUGCAUCUGAUCUAAAAAUCGUGCAACGCCCCGUCUCACUACGACUGCUACCAGGGGAAGAUGCCCUGUUAGAAUGUCUGGUGGAAGGAGCACCUCUAAGAGUUACCUGGAGGAGAAAAGAUGGGCGUCCCAUUCGCAGAGAAGGAGUCAGCUAUCCCGGUGGGAGCAAUCUUUUGAUAAGAAAAGUUCGCUACUCACUGGACAAUGCAACCUAUCGCUGCCAUGCUACAAACCCACAAACAGGCCAAUCCAUCUCGGCUGAAGCAUGGCUGGAUGUCAUGUCCCCACCUGUAAUCACAGUGGUGCCUCCGGUCAUCCACAACAAGGUCAUCGGAAGCAAGAUCCGAUUCUGGUGCCAGGCGACGGGUAAGCCACUCCCGCAGAUCACCUGGCUUCACAAUGGCGUGCCGGCUCUCAUCGAUGACUUCCAUAGCCACAUGAACAACAAUGACUAUGUGAUCUCCCAGCUGUGGUGGGAGGAUGAUGGCAUCUACCAGUGUGAAGCCAAGAAUGAUGCCGGUAGUGCCGUAGCGAGCGGAGCGGUUACCAUCGAUGCAUAUCCGGAGGGCACGUACCCAGGGCCUAUCCGUAACCUCUCCAUCAAUCUGAUCUCUAGUCGGAGGAUAAGGGUGACAUGGGAGCCUCCUGCCGAUCUACCUGCUCCAGUCAUAGCUUACCACCUGGAGUGCAGGCCAUUAGCAGGGGAUUUGGAUGCAGACGAGCAAGUGGUGUCCAGCCCGUCCUGUGACCUGAACGCGCUGGAGCCGUACACCGAAUACAGGAUCACCGUGCAGUGCUUCACCACAAAGGCACCGUGUCCACGCUUUCAAGAAUAUGUGAUGACUGCACAGGAUGUUCCUACAGGUAGUCCAGAGUUUUCCUUAGGAAGCGAAAGCCCGACCACCAUCACCGUCACCUGGGAUGAGCUUCAUCCUCAUCGUGCUAACGGCAUCAUCAUCAACUAUGGCAUCACCUAUUGCCGUGCCAACAGCGUAUAUUGCAACGUGACAACGGUAGACGGGGACCUUGAGGAGUACACCAUUCGUGGUCUGACACCCAAUUCCAACUACAGUGUGAGCAUGGCUGCGUCAACCGCGGUCGGGCAGGGGAGUUACUCGGGCAAUGUUACCGUUGAAACACCCAGGAACAUCAAUGAGACAACCCCAAAGCCACCAUUACAUUUGCAAGUGUUACCGGUGAACCACACCACAUUAAGAGUAAGCUUCCAGCCAGCACCUACCCCACCCAUCACGGAGGGCUACAAACUAUUGGUAUCCAGGAACAUGGCUAACAAUUGGAUCACCUAUCUCUUACCUGUGGACACCAUGGAGUACUAUGUUACAGGCCUAGAUCAAAACACACUGUACAACGUGCAUGUUCUUGGAUUCAACAGUUUCGGUGAUGGUCGGCCGUCUGCACAAACAAUCAAGACAUUAGUAAAACAACCAGAUAUAGGCGAUCCGAUGGACACAUUACCUCCUCCGUUCGUCUUCAACGGCACUGGGAAAUCAGGCAGCACCAUCCUCAUUCAGUGGGAGGAACCAAUGACAGACAAGAAGAUCACUGCUUUUACCAUUGAGUAUGAGGUGUUUAGAGCGAAUGAAUCCUUCAUUGUGCAAGUGGAUGGGUCUAAACAUGAGGUAAUGCUGACGAACCUGGAGCCUUUUACGAGGUAUACCUACCGUAUCCAAUCUGUUGGCACAGCACCAUACCCGGUCCAUUCAGUCCUAAGGCACUCGCCGAGACACUCGAAGACAAACCAUCAGACCCUCCAUCUGCGGUGCAGGCAAGCCCAGUGAACUCUAACACGGUGGAGGUCAGUUGGAAACCUCCCGCUAGACCUAAUGGCAUCAUCACUCGCUAUACAG